CUAGCGUGGGAGUAACUAGGAAGUGAUGUCGGUUACUAAGGGAAACUGGGGGAACGAGCAAAGGCGAGUUUUCUGCUUUGAAACUCAAACCAUCGAGUGAUUUGAUCAAACAUCGAGUCAAGGCAGCAGACUUCACCUCCAACAGGGUCUAUGGCUCUGCCGACGCUCUCGGCCCAUGUACCCGGCCGCUCCCGGGCGCUGGCCAGCCAGGUGGCCCGGCAGCGGGAGCAGGAGGCCCGGUGUCGGCAGCAGUGGGAGCAGCAUGCCCGGUACUUCAGAGAGCAGGGUGUGUGCAGCCAGAGGCAGGCGGCGUGGAGCUCCGGCCAGUCCUACCAGCAGAGUAUGUCAUCAUACCAUAAACAGAGAGUGAAGGAGGAGAAACAGGCCGGCCUGGAGCGGCGCAGGAAUCUGCUGAGGGCCAUGCUUCAAAAGGAACAAGACCAGCUGGAGGCCGAGCUCAGAGAAGUGGUACCUGACAGGGGAACACUGGCAAGUCAGCUGGUGCAUAAAACCGAGGUGCUUCGCACAGCCAGAGAUGAAAGAAGAAAAAAGCUUGCACAAGAGCUGUUGAGGGAGCACUGGAAGAUAAACAACCCAGAGUUGCGAGAGGUCGAGUCAGCAUUACAUAAAGAUCAUGUUGUCAGCCGAUGGCAGGAGCAGAUAUCUGAGAAGACACAGCACGAAGUGGCAGAGCAGGAGGAGACGAGGCGCUUCGAAAAUGAGUAUGAACGCACCCGGAAAGAGGCUCUGGAGCGGAUUAAACAGGUGGAGGAGAAAAGGAAAGCAGAGGAGCGCAAGAGAGGAGAAGAACUUUGCAAACAGAUGGAAGAACUGAAGCUGAGGGAAGAAGAGGCCACUCGUCUAAAGAAGGAGCAAGAGGCUCUGCUGGUGCAGCAGUGGGAGCUGGAGAACUUGGAGGAGGAGAGAAGGAAGGUGGAGGAAAGACGAAAGAAGUCUGAGAUGGGGUAUUUCUUGAUCCGUCAAUAUCGAGCUCAGUUGAAGAGAAGAGCGCAGCAAGUUCAGGAGGAACUGGAGGCGGACCGUAAGAUCCUUUCAGCCUUGCUGGAAGGAGAGCACGAGGACAGGAGGCUGGAGAGCGCACGAAGGGAGAGGGCUGUCGCUGAUGCUGCCUGGAUGAAACAAGUGAUUGAAGAGCAACUUCAGUUGGAGCAAGAACGAGAGGCUGAGUUUGACGUCUUGCACAGAGAAGAGGCCCAGCAUGUAUGGGAGAAACGAGAGGCCGAGUGGGAGAAGGAGAGGAAAGCCAGAGAACGGCUCAUGCACGAGGUGCUUGUGGGCCGACAGCAGCAGUUGGAGCAGAAGGUGCAGAAGAACCGCGAGGCUCAGGAGCAGUUACUGAGGAGACGAGAAGAGUUGAUCCAGGAGCUGGAGCUGGAGAAGGACUUCAGACGUCAGGAGAAGGACAGUGAAGAGGGUCGCAGGACAGCACAGAUACAAGAGUUAAAUGCUCAGGUGGAGCAGCAGCGUCAAGAGCAUUGGGAGGAGCAGUGCCAGAAAGAGCAGGAUGAGGAGAGAGAGAGGGAGGCCCUGCGAAUCCAAGAGGAGGAUCUGAGGCUGGAGAUGCUGAGGAUGGCCAAGAAAGGGUACCAGGAGAAGGUUCACAGCAGACCUCGAUCCGCCUGGACAUGAGCAACGUGAGAGUAUGAAGUUAAAACAGAUUUGUAUAUCAUGUAUUUUUCCAGAUGUGAAUAUCCUUAAAGGAUUGGUUAAAAAAUGUUUCUAUGUGUGUCUUAAAUCAAUACUCAAAUGCCAAAUUGAAAACACUAACAGUUAAUGAUCACUGUAAUUGUGCCUCCUGUCCAUACUGGCUCGUAAGAGACCCCAACAUGAUUUCAGUAUAACAGAUUCACAUUCCUCGUUCAAUGUAAAAAAUACAGUUUUCUUACUGAGGAUGAAAGAAAGAAGUAAAAGGAGACAAUAUCAUUCUAAAAAAAAUGUAAUUUCUGAAGCUCCAAAUUAUGGUUGGUAACUCUAUUAAACACAUUUUUGUACACAUAGAAGACCAUAAAUCUUGUCCCACAUAUCUUACAUUGGAAUCAACUUGAAGAAGAUGGAGCCAGUCCCAGCUGACAUUGGGCGAGAGGUGGGGUACCUCGAUGCCAGCGUAUCAGAGACAACCAUUCACACGUGUGUUCACACCUAUUGUCUCCAUAUAAACUAAGCACCAGAAUGGAGAAGAUGAACAACUUUAUCAUGUUAACUGUGUAGUGGAAAAUUCAACUGACCAGGUGUCUAACUGCUGUGAUACUGUCUACCUGACAGGAUGGAACCCUUAUUUGGUGGUGUCUCACUGCUAUGACCUUGAUCAACAGGGUGCAUGCCCUUA